AUGGCUUUCAGCUUUGGAGCGUCCGCCCCCGCCGGAGGGAGCGCUCCUCUCGAAUUGGGACCCGAGCUCCCGGAUGUUUUUGCGGAGGAAGUUGGCUUCAAAGGCGUGUCCAGCGACAGCAACAUUCGACUGCUCCCCACUCCCUGGCCCGAAGAUGCCCUUCCGGCCCCUACCAGCUCUCUUCUGGCCGUCGCGCCCACCAAAGGCGUCGUUGUCGGCGCUGGCCCUGACACCUUGAAUAUCGCCACCACCUCCGCUGUUCGAGCGGCCAUAUCGGCACCGACCGGCGAAGACAAGGUCAAGACCAAGCCAUUUCAGCCGCAAGCUACAAUUCCCCUCCCUGCGCGACCCACACACAUCACCUUCGCGUCGGGCGACAGCGCCUUGGUAUUGGCUACGGAGAACGGCGCGCAGCUGUCGGUCUUCCAGACGGAGAGUCUCUUGCAAGGAAAUGCGCAACCCGCUCUGUCCAUCCCCACCAAUGGCACCACCUUCCGCUUCCUUGCCCCCAAUCCUGCGCCGGCGGAAGACGCCCACUCAUCCCUUGUUGCGCUCGUCACGACGGGCGGCGACCUUCUCAUAGCGAACAUCAAGGCAGGCAGCCUGGUUUCGGGUGCGAGUGGCCAGGUCCUGAAGUCUGGAGUCAGCACGGUUUGCUGGAGUAACAAGGGCAAGCAACUCGUGGCCGGCCUCGCAGAUGGUACCGCGUUCCAACUGACUCCCGAGGGUGCCCAGAAGGAUGCCAUUCCGCGCCCUCCUGAUCUUGAAGACAACUGCCAUGUGUCGUCUAUUGCCUGGUUGGAGAAUGAUAUCUUUUUGAUGGUGUACACGUCUAACGCCGCGGAGGAUGAUAUGGGCCAGACGCCUUCUUCUUCCUACUACAUUAUCACCCGAAGGAAGCAAGCGCCCUUCUUGAUCCAAAAAUUGCCCGAAUUGUGCAUGCCCUUCGGCGUCAAGCGCACCCCCGCCUACCAAUUCAUCGCGCGCCUCCGAGACUACAAGCCCCAUCUGAAGGACGCCCUCAUCGUAUCCUCCACAGCGUCCACCGACGUAUGCAUGAUCACCCGUGCCGAUCAACCGUUGGCUAGCGAUGAUGCUGCGAAGGCGACCACAGGGCUCUUUGUUACGACAGAAGUGAACGAUGACACGAAGAGAGCCUCCCUUCCCUUGAAGGACUCUACGGAUGAGACCUCCGUGAUUGGUUUGGGAACUGACCUGUCUAGUACAGAAAAUGUGAUAGCUCCUAUUGCAGGCGAGGACAUCGCUGAGAGCUCGACCCCUGUACCAAACCUUCUGCUCCUCAACAACGAAGGAUGCCUCUCCUCCUGGUGGUUCAUAUACUCGGAUGCUGUUCGGCAAAAGAUCCCCUACAGCGGUAUGGCGUCUCAGACCCAGCAACAGCAGUCCGUACAGCCUGUACAGCCAGCACAGCCCGAGCCUCCCAAGCAGCCUGCAUUUGGACAGUCAUCGUUUGGUAGCCCGUCCACUCUAGGAUCAUCGGCAUUUGGGAAACCCGCUGGUGCACCUGGCUUUGGCAGUCCUUCCCCGCUGGGCGCUCGCCAACAGCCGGCUUUUGGAACAUCGUCAUUCGGUGCGCCUUCCUUUGGGACUCCAUCCCAGGCUGGGACUUCUUUCGGCACUCCUAAUGCCCUUGGACAGCCGGCUUUCGGAAAAUCUGGCUUUGGAGCAAUGGGCGGUGGCGCAUCGACAUUUGGCCAGCCGUCAACACCCGCCAAACCUCUUCCAUUCGGCGCAUCGGCAAGUGGUGCUGGGAGUGGCUUCGGCUCAUUUGCAGGCGCAAGCACAGGCGGGUUCGGUGGUCUCGCGGCGUCAAAGCCGGCAGGAGGUUCGCCAUUUGCUAGUAUGGGAGGUGGCGGCGAAAACCCAUUCGGCAAGCCCUCGGUCCCGUCACCGUUCGGUAGCCAGGCUAAGACCGAGACUGCUUUCCCUCAAACCGAGUCAAAGGGAGCGUUUGGACAAGGAUCGAGUCCAUUUGUACUUGGAUCUAUGUUCAAGGGUGAUGGUAGCGCUGUUACUGAUGCUCCUAGGCCCGAAAAAGCAGACAGCUUCUUUACUUCGGGCCAAUCCAUGGAUGAUAUGGUAUCUAGCAGCAACAAAACUAGCCCGCCAACUGACUCGAUGGACGAUAUGGAUGAUGAGCCUGCUCCUGCUCAGAAGCCUGAACCUAAGGAGGCGCCGUCUUUGUUUGGACAGCCCUCUGAAAUCGGGACUACUGCCCCCGAAUCCAAGCAGACAUCAUCGUUGUUCGGGGCGCCGUCCAAGAUCGGGACUACUGCCCCCAAGCCUAAUCAGACCUCAUCGUUGUUCGGGGCGCCGUCGAAAAUCGGGGCUGCUGCCCCCGAACCUAAGCAGACAUCAUCAUUGUUCGGGGCACCCACUUCCUCGCCGUCCUCAGUGUUUGGCUCUAACUCGCAAAUCCCGAAUCCGUUUGGCCAACCCCAGACCUCCAAAUCGCCUUUCUCGAUGUUUGGAAAUGGUACACCUGCGAAGCAAGUGACAAGCCCCUUGUCUCCCCCCUCCGAAAAGACUGCCAUUGCCACACCCCCCUCAACGAAGACACCAUCGGAGGAUGUCCACCGUACACCCGUCGCCUCGAUACAAACCCCUCUGCCGCCCGACUCUACUAGCAAAACUUCCUAUGGCCCAGGCGACACCUCUGCCUCGUCGAACGUUUCCAAGAGUUCAUUCGAAGAAGCUCCACUCCCCCCUGACUUUACUAUGAAGCCGAAGACUGCACCGGCGGACAUUGGAGGCGAUGCACCCUUACCCCCGGAUUUCACGGCUAAACCUAAGAAGAUAGAGAAGGAGGCUGAAGAUGCCCCGUUGCCUCCUGAUUUCACUAUCAAAAAGCCAGCAGCACCCGAGGAGGUAUCCGCCCCAGUCCCCGAAGAUUCCGAUUUUGAUGAGUCGGAGAGAGAGGAAAGUGAGGAGGAUGAGGAGGAUGAGGAGGAAGAGGAGGAUGAGGAGGAUGAAGAAGGAGAGAGUGAGGAGGAUGAAGAAUCUGAUUUCGCUGAUAGCGGAGAGGACGUCUCGCGAGACAUCAGCCAACCCGAAUCCCCGGAAGCAAGCUUUGGGGACACUCCUGAAAGCUCCUUCAAAUUCGGAUCUAGCACUACCUCUAACGUGUUUUCGCAAGCUGCCAAACCUCCGCAGCAGCGGACAUUGUUUGGCGAGAUCGGCAAACCCGUGUUUCCGGCGUUCCAAAACCGGGAGCCUCCAAGGUCGCCUAGUCCCGUCCGGGGCAGUCCCCAGAAGACCAGGUUCAAGCACCCGGGCCAGAAGCCCAUUGGCAAGCACCAGGCCCCUGGAAGCACACUUGCUGCUAGAAAGGCAUCUCUCACGGAGACCGCACGACGCGAAAGCUUGCUGAGACCGCAGCCUUCUCCGAAGGAGUCUCGGAGAGCUCAAGCGAAGCAGAUGGAGGAGGAGGCCCAGUCGCUCUCGGACGACGAUGAGGACGAGAGGCUUCGUGCAGAUCUUGCACGGCCUUUGGAGCCCGUUCCUACCCUCGACCCCUUCCUGCCCCACCAGAAUUACGCUGGCGAGACAACCAAGCCCGGUAUCCCGGGACAGAUCGAGCGGCUGUACCGCGAUAUUAACUCCAUGGUGGACACUCUGGGAAUCAACGCGCGGUCCAUGGCUGCUUUCCUUCUGUACCAGAGACAGUCGCAAAAUGCGGACUGGGUUGGUAUGUUGAAGGAGGACCACCCGGCUAACAUCCUGGACGAGAAGCUACUUCUGUGCGAUAUCGAGAAGCUUGACGAAGGGGUUGUCAUGCUGGCUGGCUCGCUGGAGCAACAGCGCGUGCAAGGCGUGGAGGAGAAGCUGGAAAGUUGCCGAGAGCUCCUGAGCAAAGACAUCCUGACCCUUCGGGGCCAGUGUGCCAGCAUCCGGAAGACUCUGGAUGCUCACACGGAUGCUGCAGCCAUUGUUUCCGCGCCCCUUUCCGCCGAACAAGCGAACCUCCAACAGGACCUCCGGACUGCAUCCACCGAUAUCCAAGCGAAGCUGGCAGAACUUGAAUCGGCGGUGUCUCUGCUGCGGGCCAAGAUUGCCGAUGCCCCUCGCCCCGAUGGAUCGCGGCAGGCUACGAGACGGCCGACCGUGGAGGCCGUGACAUCCACGAUUGCGACCAUGAUGAACAUGGCGGAGAGCAAGCGCAGCGACAUCGACGUCCUGGAAGCCCAGAUCAAGAAGCUGGGUAUCGACACAUCAGCUCCGGCAGCCAGCCGGGAGGGCUCACCCGCCUACCACACCCCCGACUCCGCCGCGCGCGGCAACUUCCGAUCCAGCAUCACCGGGAGCCGGCUUCGCAGCGUGGAAGGCGCCAGCGAGCUGGUCAGCAAGGAGGAGAGCGCCCAGUGGAAGACCAAGCUGCAGCGGCGCCAGCACAUUGUGGGCAGUCUGAAGCGGGCGAUCGGCGAGAAGAAAACCAAGGUGCGCGGCGUGGAUGAUCUGUAGCGUAUUACUAUUCUUAUCGUCUUGUUUCUUGUCGUCUGUUACGAACACCAAAAUCACGGGUCAUGGCGUGGCGUGGUGCAACAGGCAUUUCGACCUUGGGUAGCGUUAUCUGUACAUAGGAGCGGAUUUAUGUGUGCGUGGGUGUUCGGAUUG